CCGCAGAGGCCGGGCCGGGAAGAUGGCGGCGCCCAUGUCGCCCUUGGUUACUGCGCGCUGCCUGCUGCGGGCUGUGGCGCGGCGCGGUGCCCGCUUGCUACCGACGCGGGCCGCCGCCCUGCGGAGAGCAUACACAGCUCAGGCAGAUGAGAAGACAGUGCCUGGUACCUCUACAGAUGCCCAUGCCAGGGCCUUACUGGUGUGCAAUGGACCUUUAGAACACUAUAACUUUCUGAUCAAGCAAGAAGAGUUGAAGAAUGAUGAGCAACAAAGAAGAGUUGUGCAGCACCUGCAGAAGUUACAUGAGAGCCUUAAAGGCUACAGCAUUGGUUCAAAAAAUCUUUUCUCAAAGCUCUUUGCCAAAAACAAACCCCCAAAAGGUCUUUAUGUAUACGGAGAUGUUGGCACAGGAAAGACAAUGGUGAUGGACAUGUUCUUUUCUCACUUACAAGUAGAAAGGAAAAAGAGAGUCCAUUUUCAUGGCUUCAUGCUAGAUGUACACCAGAGAAUACAUCGCCUUAAGCAGAACUUGCCAAAAAGGAAGGCAGGAUUUAUGUCUAAAUCAUAUGAUCCAAUUGCACCAGUAGCAGAGGAAAUAAGUGAAGAGGCUGCUCUCUUAUGUUUUGAUGAAUUUCAGGUCACUGACAUUGCUGAUGCCAUGAUUCUGAAGCAGCUUUUUGAAAAUCUGUUCCAAAAUGGGGUUGUCGUUGUGGCAACAUCUAACAGGCCGCCAGAAGAUCUUUAUAAAAAUGGUCUUCAGAGAGCUAAUUUUGUGCCAUUCAUUGCUGUGCUGAAGAAAUACUGCAGCACAGUCCAACUUGAUUCUGGAAUAGACUACAGGAAACAAGUGCUUCCUGCUGCUGGAAAACUUUACUACCUCACAAGUGAAGCUGAUGUGGAGGCUGUCAUGGAUAAGUUGUUUGAUGAGCUGGCUCAGAAACAAAAUGAUUUAACUAGACCAAGGAUUCUAAAAGUGCAAGGCAGAGAGCUGAAGCUGAAUAAAGCCUGUGGAACCAUUGCAGACUUCACGUUUGAAGAGCUGUGCGACAGACCUCUUGGGGCCAGUGACUACUUGGAAGUAUCAAAGCAUUUUGAUACAGUCUUUGUUCGUGACAUACCACUUCUUACAAUGGCAAAAAGGACACAAGCUCGUCGUUUCAUUACUCUUAUUGACACCUUUUAUGAGCAUAAGGUGCGCAUCAUUUGUUCUGCAGCCAGUCCCCUCCAAAGCUUGUUCCUGGUGGAACGUGACAGUGGUGAGCUACAGGACAACAGGGUGUUGAUGGAUGAUCUGGACUUGAGCCAGGAUUCUGCCGAAGGACUCUCCAUGUUUACAGGAGAAGAGGAAAUCUUUGCCUUUCAGCGUACUGUCUCACGGCUCACAGAAAUGCAAACUGAACAGUACUGGCAAGAUGGGGAUAGAAGCAAAAAAACUGAUUAAAAGUAGUUAAAACUUGAAUAAAAUAGCCAAGAAAUAAAACAAUGAAUUGGAAAGUUUUUAGCACAGCUGAAGCAAUUGCACUUUAUCAGAUGGAUAUAUGUUUUCUUUUCAUAUGCUUUCUUUCAUUGGUUGUUUUUUGUGCUUAAGACAUGAGGACUCGGUUAUUUUUCUGUAUAUUCUGUAAAGCCUAACUUUGAUGCUAAGGAAGUUUAACAGGAUUAGAACUUUUCUGGAGAAUUGGUCUAGAGACGAAGUUAAUGGCCCAUGCAGAGUUCAGCAGCAGAUUUAUAGUGUCACAUGAGGAGGGCACUUUGUGGUUCAUGCACUGCUUCCUUCACAUACCAGGCAGUUUGCACAACAGGAAAAUCAAAAUGCUUGCUCUGUGAAACUCCUGAUGUUGUAAAGGUUCUUGCUAGAAUCCUGAAACUCUUUUGUUGUGUACUCUGGCCUUUUUUUUUUUCUUUUUUCUUUUUUCUUUUUUUUUUUUCUGUGUGCAGCCAUCUGCUGAUUUUCAGGCUCUAAGAUUUUAUUGUACUCAGAUUGUUGCUCAGUCUGGUUCAUUGAAAACUUGUGGUUUGAACUGAGAAUCUUGAGGAGGAGCUUGUAAAGAUCUAAGUAACCAUGGUUGGGAAAAGAAACUAUGAUAGAACAGGGUACACUGUAACAUGUAAGUGCAAGUUAAUACUCUUCAUAAAUUUUGCUGCAUAUUUAUGAAAAACCCAAUCAGAAUACAUUGCUUACACUUAAGAAUAUCCAAAUAAUUGAUGUGUAUUUUCAGAGAUUUUUAUAAAUUUUCUCAACAGAUGGACUACUGAGAAUCAUGCAUGUGUGUCUCUAUAAACAGACACGUAUACUUAAUUUAUAUGUGUAUAUAAAUACAGAUAAAACUAAUAUAUAUAAUUUAA